ACCGGAAACACAACACGCCUGACAUUUCUCUGGCGCCACAACAGCAGUUUCCAGCGCCGCCGUCACUUUGAAAGACUUCUUGGCGCGCAGAGCCGCGGGAGAUGGAGAUGUUGGGUCCGCGCCUAUAAACAGCAGAACCGGAGAGGUCAGAGCCGCCGGUACCGGGCGAGCAUGGGCAGACUGCGGCGGAGAGCGUGCGUGGGUCUCUUUCUCUUCGCUCUCUUCGUCUUCGGAACCAUGAUGGGACUCAGGACCCUCAAGGCCGGCGACGGGUGGUCGGAUCUGGUUCCGAAUCUGGAGCUCCCCGGGAAGCUGGACCGGCGCUCGGUGUCUUCGUCCUCCUCCUCCUCGCCGGGUCACCAGGACACUAAACCCGCUGUGCAGAACUCCGGUCCGGAGGGAUCCAUCUUCGACGACGUGCACAUCUUCUACUACGUGUGGUACGGAAGCCCGCAGGUGGACGGCAAGUGUGUGCACUGGGACCACGUCCUGGUGCCGCACUGGGACCCGAAGAUCGCGUCCAGCUACCCGAGGGGGAGACACCUGCCCCCCGAGGACAUCGGAUCCAGUUUCUACCCCGAACUUGGAGCCUACAGUUCCAGGGACCCGGACGUGCUGGAGUCCCACAUGGAGCAGAUAGCGGCUUCUGCUGCAGGGGUUCUGGUCCUGUCCUGGUAUCCUCCCGGCCUGGCCGACGACAACGGGGAGCCCACCGAGGAUUUUGUCCCCGCCAUACUGGACGCCGCCUAUCGACACAACCUCAAGGUUGCCUUUCACAUCCAACCCUACAGAGGACGGAACGACCAAAGUGUGCACGACAACAUCAAGUACAUCAUUGACAGGUAUGGCGACCAUGCAGCCUUCUACAGGUUCACCUCCAGCACGGGAAAUAGGCUUCCUCUGUUCUACAUCUACGACUCGUACCUGACCCCCGCCGAGUCUUGGUCGGAACUUUUGGUGCCCACAGGCUCCCACAGCGUGCGGGGCUCCGCCUACGACGCCAUCUUCAUCGCUCUGAUUGUGGAGGAGCGCCACAAGCAGGACAUCCUGGUGGGCGGCUUCGACGGCAUGUACACGUACUUCGCCUCCAACGGCUUCUCCUUCGGUUCCUCCCACCAGAACUGGAAGGCCGUUAAGAGUUUCUGCGACGACAACAAUCUCCUCUUCAUCCCCAGUGUGGGACCGGGCUACGUGGACACCAGCAUCCGCCCGUGGAACAGCCACAGCACCCGCAACCGGGUCAACGGGCGCUACUACGAGACGGCCCUUCAGGCGGCGCUUAGCGUUCGGCCCGAGCUGGUCACCAUCACGUCCUUUAACGAGUGGCACGAGGGGACGCAGAUAGAGAAGGCGGUGCCUAAGAAGACCGCCACCAGGGUCUACUUGGACUAUCAGCCGCACGGGCCCGAACAUUACCUGGAGCUAACACGACGCUGGGCUGAGCACUUCAACAAGGAGAAGGAGCAGUGGCUCAUGUGAGCUUUCUACCAACACAUCGGCAUCAAACAACGGACUCUAAUGGACGUCCAUAGCCCCUUUCAGACGUCCAAGCUCUUCCCCGUGUUAUUGUUCAGGAAGGGCGAGUACUACUUUGACCUGGCAACUGAACCUUCUGAUGUAUCGCGGUCGUGACAGCCAGGACGGCAACAAAGUAUCAGGGUUUUAUUCCCGCUUUACAGGGACUGGAAGAGUCUGGUGGUUUUGCAUCAAGCAAAUGUCCCCCUCAAAUAUCUCAGACGUCUCACCAGACCGUGGAACCGUCCAAACAACUGAUUAUGGGGAUGGCGUGUCAAAUGUCCCCCUCAAACAUCUACGUCUCACCAGACCGGCAUCAAACAACGGACUCUAAUGGACGUCCAUAGCCCCUUUCAGACGUCCAAGCUUUUCCCCGUGUUAUUGUUCAGGAAGGGCGAGUACUACUUUGACCUGGCAACUGAACCUUCUGAUGUAUCGCGGUCGUGACAGCCAGGACGGCGACAAAGUAUCAGGGUUUUAUUCCCGCUUUACAGGGACUGGAAGAGUCUGGUGGUUUUGCAUCAAGCAAAUGUCCCCCUCAAACAUCUCCUACGUCUCACCAGACCGUGGAACCGUCCAAACGACUGAUUAUGGGGAUGCCGUGUCAAAUGUCCCCCUCAAACAUCUACGUCUCACCAGACCGGCAUCAAACAACGGACUCUAAUGGACGUCCAUAGCCCCUUUCAGACGUCCAAGCUCUUCCCCGUGUUAUUGUUCAGGAAGGGCGAGUACUACUUUGACCUGGCAACUGAACCUUCUGAUGUAUCGCGGUCGUGACAGCCAGGACGGCAACAAAGUAUCAGGGUUUUAUUCCCGCUUUACAGGGACUGGAAGAGUCCGGUGGUUUUGCAUCAAGCAAAUGUCCCCCUCAAAUAUCUCAUACGUCUCACCAGACCGUGGAACCGUCCAAACAACUGAUUAUGGGGAUGGCGUGUCAAAUGUCCCCCUCAAACAUCUCCUACGUCUCACCAGACCGGCAUCAAACAACGGACUCUAAUGGACGUCCAUAGCCCCUUUCAGACGUCCAAGCUCUUACCCGUGUUAUUGUUCAGGAAGGGCGAGUACUACUUUGACCUGGCAACUGAACCUUCUGAUGUAUCGCGGUCGUGACAGCCAGGACGGCAACAAAGUAUCAGGAUUUUAUUCCCGCUUUACAGGGACUGGAAGAGUCCGGUGGUUUUGCAUCAAGCAAAUGUCCCGUCAAAUAUCUCAUACGUCUCACCAGACCGUGGAACCGACCAAACGACUGAUUAUGGGGAUGCCGUGUUACUGUUUUAAGCCCAGACAGUCGCAGUAAUUUGCAGCCUUCGCUAGGUUCUGUGAAAAAGACCCAGGCGGGUAAAUGGCAGAUCAACCGCGAGGCGGUUGAUCUUUUUUGGCGUGAAGAGGCCAGUAUAGGAAAGAGUGACGGACCUUGUUGGUACCCUUCAGGUCAUCGGUGGAAAAACUAAGCGCACUAAUAAUUUAGAGCAUCAGAAUCCGUCACUACCACUGCUGUCUCAUUCCCAAGAAAGUCUUGAACUGGACUGAUGUUACUUGACU